CGGUCGUCGCGUUCCGUGUGGCUGUGUUUGAAGGCACUCUGACGGCCGAGUGGUGAGCGAGGUGCAUCAACUUCGCCACAAAUGUUAGCCAAGUGCUAAACAAUUCGUUGUCUUAAGAACUUUUCAAUUUAGGCCAGUCUAGUUUAAUCCAUUUCCGGCUGUUUAUCCUCUUAAAGAAAGUGGAGUCGUGCGCACGAAAAGGCUUUGACAUCCACUACGCUGCUGCAGUUGUUGUGAGGUUAUGCAGUCGCACCGGUCUGAGCAGAGUCACAGACGGCAAUACGGCGACAGAAGUCCAAGGCUAAAGGACGACUAUGAUCAUAGAUGGGAAGAAAGGCACGAAACUCCGAGAGAUCCACCGCAGGAUUCAUAUCAGAAAUAUGGGGGAAAUGGCUGUAGCAGCAAAGAGCGGACGAGCAGAAGACCGUACAGUGACUCGCCUAAGAUACUGUACAGCGAAGCCACCUCGAACAGAGACUUGAGCAGAAACAGCUCGGCGAGGAGACGUAUGUCUUCGCCUGAUUGGGGUACUUUUGAAAAGAAAAGGCAAAGAAAUACAGAGGAUGGUAACAGGUACAAGCUCGAGUCUGGGGACCAUACAACCAGGGGCUCACCCAACAGUUUUUCACGCCCACACGUGACCAAGGAUUUUAAUCAAAUUCUAACACAAGAAGAGGAUUUCCAAUACAGGAAAACACCUCAAGACUCCAGGCACAAAUAUGUGCAUGAUGAGUUCACCUAUAGGCAACAACAAGAUAACUGCAGAGAAUCGUCUGGAUAUUACAAAGAUAGAGUGGGUCACGAAAGGAGCCGAGAUUGUUCACAAGAGAGGAAGUCACGUGGUCGCUCUAAGAAGAGUUAUGUCAAACCCAGAGUGCGGAAUGACAGCCCCUCCCCAGAUCAUGAGGAGUAUCGUCAAAAUAUAGGAAGAUUUCCAAUGAAUGCAUCGUCUGGACAGCCAUUUGAGCGUGAAGUCACCAACCAAAGUCCUGAUGUUACGGAGCAGAAGUCGACUGCGGGUUUCCAGCGUUUCCUUAAUGUGCUCAACAAGGGUGUAAAUGUUGCCACGCUCACCAAAAUAGUGACUCAGUCCACUGUAUUGAGUAAUCGGUCAAGUCCUCCUUCUUUUGUGAACACUGACUAUCCCAAUUAUGCUGAAGGGCAAGAUGGAAGCCACCAAAAUACCAGCCACUGGAGUGACAGCGAAGGAUUUCAGAGACUGGCUUCUUCACAGCCUCGUGACUGGUCAUUUAGCCCAAAGGGGCAGUCUCGGUCUGAUGAGAAGUCUGUGCAAAAGGGUGACGGAGAACCAAGAAACUUAAGCUCCAACAGUAGAUCCAGGUGUCCCUCAGGAGAACAAAAGAUAACACUGACACCUGACGAGGAGCACAAGCAUAGGCAAAUGCAGGAUGUCUUGCAAGCCAUUGGCAUGAAUUUAGGAUCUGAGGAGCUGGGCCAGAUGUCUCAUCGGAUCCAAGAGCGGUUAUAUGGAAGGAAGGAUAGAGACUGCCAUCGUAGAGAAAGCAGGGAAAUGGAUACCAGGCGAGCGUUUUCACCAAGACCAGACAGUAGAUCAUCAUCAUCAUCAUCAAGCACAUCUAGUUGUAGUCCAUUAAAACAGAAGUAUUACAAGAAAAAAGACUCUUACAGCGUUCAGAGUGAUGUACCUGAGGUACACCGAGACCCGGUGCAUGAGGGUGCUGAAUAUGGCCAGAAGAGCACCAGUAGCACUUUACAGGAGAGUGACAAAUUUGAAACUUGGUCGGAGGAAAGCACUGCUGCACAUCAAGCAUUUUCUCAAAAUUUAGCAUACGCUUUCUUAAAGCCAUCGCCUACACCUGCAAUGCCGAUGUACUCUCCAGUAGACUGUUCAUCGGCUUCAUACCCAUCCUUUCCUCCUAAAUUGCCGCCUAACUUGCCCCAGGCUUCAUAUACCUCCUCUGCCUCCCUUCAUAUGCCUCCUCUGCCUCCCUUCUUCCCUUUCUCCCAUGCACCACCUGUGAGUAUCUCUCCAGCAGUACUGGCUCAAGCAAGACACCUACUCCCACAGCACGUUGGUAAUCCACCAUUUUUUAACGUGUCAGGUAAUAACCCCAAUAAUCCACCACUGAACAACACACAGAAAGCAAAACUAUUGUCAAGGCCUCGCUUUUUGCAAGUGAUUGAAACCAAACAACCUGGAUGAAGAUGGGUGCACAUGAGGAAAAUCGGACAAACGAUGUGAUACAAAGUUUUUUCCCUUGGAGAAUUGUAAAAGGUCUUCAUAAAAUCCAUUGACAGACAUGAAAAUGAACUGACUACAAGUUUACUGGCAAACCUGGUUUAUGGUUUAUUGAGUCUUCUAACCAUAACACAAUGGUACGUUAAAGAAAAAAACACUAUGUAGAAAGUAUUUAUUGAUCUCUGAACACCUUUAUUUUUUUUGAAUUUAUUGAUCUUGAUUUGAUACAUUAUUCUUUUUGUUGAAAUAUUGUAAUCAAAUAGCACCAUAAUCUGGUCCCUGUAGGGUUUGGGCAAGUAAAUGAAAUAAAAAAUGUGCUAUAAUCCUAGUUGAGAUAUUUUUUGUACACAUGCAGAAAAGGGGGUUCUAACUA